AUGGCUUUGACUCUUGGUAAUCGUAGUAUGUUUUCAAACAUUGAUGAAAUCAAUUCUGAUAGAACAAAUUGGAAUUUUAAGGCAAAGAUCAUAAGACUUUGGCAAGUGAACGAUUUUAAUCGACCUAAUAUGCCUUUUUCUGUUGAAAUGGUGUUAAUGGAUUCAGAUGGUUCUAAGAUUCAUGCCACCAUCAAAAAAACACUUAUUUACAAGUUUAAACAUGAUGUAAUUGAGGGAAAAGUUUAUUCUUUUGAAAAUAUUGGUGUGGCUGCUAAUACUGGAGCUUAUAGGACCACACAUCAUCCAUACAAACUGAACUUUCAGUUUGGUUCCAUUGUUCAAAGGUUGUCAAAUUGUGAUAUUGUUAAAUCUCCAUUUACCUUUGUUCCAAUUUCUGAAGUUGUAGGUGGCUUAUAUGACACUGAUUUCUUAGUUGAUGUGAUUGGUCUUUUAACUGAGAUUGGUCAGGAACGUGAGAUCACUAAUCAAAAUGGUAGCACAACAAAGCUGAAUGUCAUUUCCUUGGAGGCUGAUGGGCAUAAGCUGCAGUGUACACUUUUUGGACCAUAUGUUGAUGAACUGAAUACCUUUGUGGGAGCUGGUGAUCUAAACAAUCAUGUGGUCAUUGUUCAUCUUGCAAAAGCUAAGACCUUUCAAGACAAGAUACACAUACAGAAUUGCAUGAAUUGUUCUGUUUUGAUAUUUAACCCAAACUGUGAGGAAAGUAAGAUCUUUAGGGCAAGUCUUAAUGAUUCCGAUGAGAAUCAUUCUCCAUUGACCUUUACUCAACUUAGUAAUGAGUCAGCUGUGACCCCACUUGAUGAGUUUCUGUACAAUACUCCAAGGGCAACCUUGCAAGAUCUCAAGGAUGCUACAAAAGUAUCAUCACAUGUUGUAGCUGCUACUGUGAAGAGAACUUUAAAUCCUGAUCGUUAUUGGUAUACAGCAUGUUUUUGCGGUAAAGCUGUUAUACAAGAUUCAAGGUUAUGGUUUUGUGAAAAGUGUAAUAGGCAUGUUCCAAAGGUUGUUCCUAGGUAUUGUGUCAAACUUAGAGUCAUGGAUGAUACUGAUUCUGCCACGUUUGUUGUUUUUGACAAAGAAGCAAGUGCGAUAUUUAAUAUGUCUUGUGCUGAUAUGCUUCAACUUGGGGAUGCUGAUGGUGAGCAAAUUGUGCCACCUGAAAUUGAUGACAUGCUGGUUAAUCAUACUUGGCUUUUUAUGGUUGAAGCUAAACCUUCUCAGAAUCCUAGGUUUGAGCAAUCUUUCCGUGUUAGAAAGAUUUGUACCGAUGAGGUUAUAAUUAAGCAGUUUAAGGACAAGUGGGAUAAUGAGGAUGCUGUCUGUAAUAAAAAAAGAAAUGAGGGUGGUUCUUUGAGUACUUUGCUCGAUAAGGGGAAAGAUGUUUAUGUUGGUGGUACCUCUAAUUUCCUUUCUGAGGAGUGUCAAAACUUUAGUGGAGAUUCUGACAAGGGAAAAGGUUUGAUUGUUGAUGGAACACCUCUUGAAGUUUCACAAGAUUUGAUGUUGAAAUUUUCAGAAUCUAUUGUUAAUCUUGACGAUGAUUCUGUUAAUACUUCUUUUUGUGUUAAGCCAAUGACACCUUGUGUGAGCCCAAUGACCUCUACAUUGACUGUCAAGCCAAUUACAUCUGAUCCACCUGUGAAGCCAAUCAACUUUGUUGCUGCUGUGAACCCAAUGCUCUCCGCUGUUUCUGCGAACCCAACUAUCUCUGAUGUGGUUACUCAACAAUCUGCUGCUGCUGUCAAACCAGUAAACUCUACUUCUGGUAAUGAUGUCAGCAUGCGAUCUUCAUCCUCUGCUCGCCCAUGUGGACAGCGGAAGAAAUCCUUAGCUAAGAGAGUGUCUCCUCAACAUGAGAACACGACGGUUGAAGAUGACAAUGCUCCUAUCAAGUUGUUGAAGAGGGCUGUGAAGAUUGAGAAGAUACCCUAA